CCCUAUUGUUUACCUUGCGUUUUUAGAGGGAAAAAAGUUUUGACAUGAAGUUUUGACAGUGAUAAGUGAACUGUACAAAUUUCAGAAAAGUUACAAGAUCUCCUUCAAAUUAAGGAUUACAUUCUUGGCAGCAGAAUUCAAUUUCCAGACCUGAGCAAGUCAUACUUCGGGACUGCGUUAAGGCACCGUGCCAGAACAGGAAAGUCGGCAGAAUUAAGUUGAGAACUUCUCCCACAAAAAGGUUUGGAAAAUCUGCUGUACUCUCCCGACAAUGGACUCCAUGAUGACAGAAGCAGAUGAUCAAAUUUCACAGUACUCCACUCAACCUCCGACACUGGAGAAGUUCAUGCACCGGGAGAAGCUUGACGAUCUCAAAUGUGAAGUGCGUGAAUUAUCCCGAGAAAUCCUCCACACCGGAUCGAAAGAAACAACAAGAGUAUCUCUGAAUCCUGAUCAAACUGUUGUUUUACCCGAGCGAAGUGUCUUGCUCAAAAAGAAGACCCAAAUAGUAAAUGCUCUUCGUGUUGAAUUAGAAACUGAUAACUCUCAAGAUGGGCCUUGUAUCAAUGCACAAGCUUUUGUUGGGUAUACCACACAGCUAGGAAAAGAUGUCCAAGCCAUUGAACAGUGUCUAUCGAGUAAAACAGAAGAAGAAGAGCGCAUUAAAUACCGAUUAGAAAGAUUGGAAAAGACCAAAAAAGAAAUAGAGAGUUUUAACAAGGGGUUACAAGGAUUCCUAAAAGAUGGCCUCUCUGAUUUGGAACGCCUGGAACCGCUCAUUAAUCAAGAUUUUAUUAAAAUUAAAGGAAUUUUUAACAAGUACCUGAAGGACAUUUCGCCUAGCGGUAAUCUUCAACUUAUCUUACAGGAACUGGAACAGGCUAGUAAUCGUGAAGGAGAAGACAGAUAUAUUGAAAUUGAUGAUGAGAAUUAUGCGUCAAUAAUGAUGCUCACAAAGGCAUCAUUGGUAGUUCGUCAUCCAAGGACAGCUGGGAAAGUUCGACUGUGCAACUUUAAGUAAUGUGUUUAUUUAGAGAAAUUUUCCAAAACCAACAUACUUUUUAAACUGUUAAAUUUAUAGAUGAUUGACUUUUUCAAGGUAUUUUAUUCAAAAAAAAAAAAAAAAAAAAAAAAA